UUUCAACCGCAGGAGUAGAGUGAAAAACUGAAAAUCCCAAAAUCUGUGUAAAAAAAUCAAAUAAAGAAACGAAAUUAAAAUCCCCCGUAUAACGGAACGGUCUCUUCUCAAAAAAUGAUUUUUUUAACAAACUCUCUUCCUCUUCCUCUUCUUUUUAGCUUCUACUUCGUCUCAGUUGAAAUUCAUAAUCUCCAAAAAAAGAAACCCCCAAGCCUAAAAUUUUAGAGUUGGAUUAGUUAUGGAAAGCUUUGAGGAGAAUAGUAACGGUAAUCGUGGCUGCAACUUGCGGGUUUUGAAUUUGCUGGAGAGGCGGCGUUUAGCUCCGCUGAAUUUUAAUGGCGGUGGUGGCGACAAUGGUGGUGGUGGUAACGAUGCUGUCGCUGCAGAAAAGUUGUUGUAUCGGAAGCUUCCUCAACAGCAUGUCCUUAAUCUCUCUGUUCUAAAGCUCGAUGGUUCUCUUUUCGAUGUUAAUGUAGGAAGGAAUGCUACAGUUGCAGAGCUGAAGGUAGCAAUAGAGGAACUUUUUGCAGCAUUGCCAGGGGAAACUCAUGGCAGCAUUUCAUGGUCACAUGUUUGGGGCCACUUUUGCUUGUCUUAUGAUGGUCAGAUGCUGGUUAACAACAAGGCUUGCCUUAGAAAUUUUGGAAUCAAAGAUGGUGAUCAGCUUCAAUUUAUCAGACACAUGUCUGUCAACCAAUCGCCUAUAAAAAGAAGAUUAAAACACCAUAGUGUUCCCCGCAAAUGCUUGCCAUCAGGAUCAAGUUAUCAUCAGGAGAAGCAGCAGAAUGCUGUGAAUUACAAUGAUAAGGAUGAAAACCAAGAGGAUAGCUCCAUUUCCAAUCAUUAUGAAGAAGAGGAAAUUCCUCUUCCAGAGUUCAAGUUAGCCCACUUCUUGAGAGGAUGGCUCUCACACACCAGAUUUUGGGGUGUUUCAAGAAAGGGAUCAGAAGGCCGGAUUCAUCCUCCAAGAUUCACCCUGCAAUGCUUGGGAGGCUGAUCCACAAUGAUUCCACAAGGAGAUAGGGUAGAGCAAGUAUGCCUAAAACAGUGUUGGCUUCCGCACAGCAUUGUGCCCUUGAUCUGAAAUUUUGGUUUUUUUGGUUAAUAUCAUAAAUAACCUCUAAACUAUAGUGAAAUGUUUAAUAUGCUUCAAUUUUAAAGAUCUUUAAUGUGAUAUUUGAACUAUGAAUCUAUUAACUAAUAUGGUAC